CCCCAGCUCCAUGGCGGCCAAGUGGUUCAAGGAGUUCCCAUCCAACUUGAAGACGGUGUCAGAGAGGGCUCGGCCGGGAAGCGGCAGCCUCGGGAAGGGCCGCAAGAAUUCAACCGCUGAGCUUGGGGGCUACCGGGCGGCUGGGGGUGGCAAGGAAGGGGGCAGCCGGCUGUCACGAGACAACCUGCAGGGUCUGCUCCAGGCCGCCACCGGGAAGAUGCGGAAGAAUUCCCGAGUGGAGGGAGGCACAUCAGAGGGACCGUCCAAAACCUACAUCAAUCGCCUCAUCAAGGUGGAGGCUUCUGAGAAGAACGGGAAGGGACACCCUGGACCCCUGCCUGCCGGCCUGCCUGCCCCCGAGCAGGACAAGGCGAAGCCUCCCAAGACAGAGACGGUCAUCAUCCUGGAGGAUUACGCAGACCCUUAUGACGCCAAACGGACCAAGGGGCAGCGGGAUGCCGAGCGCCUGGGGGAGAACGAUGGGUACAUGGAGCCCUAUGAUGCCCAGCAGAUGAUCACAGAAAUCCGUCGUCGUGGCUCCAAGGACCCCCUGGUCAAAGCCAUCCUGCUGCUGGACGGUCGUGGAGAGCUUGGGGACGGGGGUGCCAAAGUGGAUCUUGCCAAGCGGCUGGGGGGCAAGGAGGUGGCAGGGAAGGGACCACAGCUCUAUGACACCCCUUAUGAACCGAGGGAGGGGGUGGCCGGGGGGACCCCAGAGCACAGAGUGAGGGCUGGUGAUGGGCGUCUGCCUGAGAAUGACGAUCGCCCGGCGGGGGAGUAUGAGCAGCCCUGGGAGUGGAAGAAGGAGCAGAUUGUCAAAGCACUGUCAGUCCAGUUUGAGGGCUCAGAGUGUCCUAAGGAGGAGACACUGCGGCAGCAUAUACGCCAGAAGAGUUGGACUCCCAAGAUGCUGAAGCCGGCAGGCACCGAGUACAGCGAGGGGGAGCGGGUGGACCCUGCCCUGGCACUGGAGAAACAGCCCUGGUACCACGGAGCCAUCACGCGGGCGGAGGCGGAGAGCCGGCUGCAGACGUGCCGGGAGGCCGGAUACCUGGUGCGCACCAGCGAGACGGGCAGCGGCAAGUACUCCAUCGCGCUCAAGACCAGCCAGGGCUGCGUCCACAUCAUCGUGGCCCAGACCAAGGACAACAAGUACACGCUCAGCCAGGCCAGCGGCGUCUUCGCCAGCAUCCCUGAAGUUGUGCACUACUACUCCACUGAGAAGCUACCCUUCAAGGGGGCUGAGCACAUGGCCCUGCUGCACCCCGUCCACUGCAAGCUGCAUUAGUGUCUGCUGAUGCCACCCCCGAGUGGUCUGCAACCCCCUCCCCUGUGGCAUGAGACAGGGUGCGGCCACAGCAAUGGGCACAUACCACGGGAAGGGUCCGGUGAGAACCUCUUUGUCAUGUCUCCAGUCCUGAAGGGACCCCACUCCUAGACUCCAGCAGAGCUGCCCCUUUUGAGGGGACAAAUCCUGACCACCCUGUGCCAGAACCGAUUUGUCACGGGGCUGCCCAUGUGCCCGAGGUGGGGGCAUGUAGUGAGACUGGAACGUGUAAUGAUCUAGCAAAAUAAACUUGUUGGCUGAGA